AUGCUUCCCACUGAGGGCCUCACUCAGAAGCUGGACCCUGAGGGGAUGAAAGGAAAGAUGCCUGAGGAUGUGAUUUCCUCCAUAAAGAACUUCCUCAUUUAUGUGGCCCUGCUGCGAGUCACUCCUUUUAUCUUAAAGAUAUUGGACAGCAAAGAAGGAUUGGAUAUCACAUGUGAAUGCAUGAUAUGA